GGAGGAGGUGUUAGGACUUCCACAUGUAUGUAUGUGAGAGGAGUUAAGGAGGGAGAGAGAGAGAGAGAGAGAGAGAGAGAGAAAGGGGCUAGGGGGAGCACAUUUGAAGAAAACUGGAGGAUGAUGGGUUGACCCCCUUGGGAGCAUCUUACCUGAACCCCUGGACAACAUGGAAGGCAGAAAGGUCCUCCAUUUCGUGCCGUCCGAGGCCCCACCAACCGGGAGCUCCAAGAAUGGCUAUGUUUUCCAGGAAAUGGCGUUGAAAGAUGGAGAAGAGGGUGCGGAUUAUGGGAAGAAUUCUCCUGUCUCUCACAAGGAAAUCAUCUAUGACAACCAGAUCCAACUCAGUGUGUCAGAACCAGAAGGACCAGGGUUUGGCCUUCUUAACACAACAAGGAAGUAUGUGAAGCCGAUGGACUUCCGUGAGGAGGUGCGGGCCCACAGGGACCUGGACGGCUUCCUGGCCCAGGCGAGCAUCCUCCUGGACGAGGGCGCCUCCACGCUGGAUGAGGUCCUGAGGCGCAUGUUGAGCACCGUGGCGGAGGACGGCCACGGAGGGGGCUGCGAUGUCGACGAGGUGAUGGGCUCGCUGUUCACAGACGCAGGGAGAAGGGAGUUGGAUGUCCAUCUUCUGUCAGAGACCAUUCAGGGAGUGACGGCGACGCCCACUGGCAUUCAUUACCAGCAGUCAUGGCUCUGUAUUCUCUGCAACGUGAGAACCCUGCAGAGACGUCAUGUCUGCAUCGCACGUCUGGAGAGGCCGCAGAACUGGGGGGUCAACUGCUGCGAGGCACGCUACGUUGUCCUCAUCCUGGCCCCACACAGAACAAAAAGCACCAAGUCGGCCAUCGAACUGGGAAGAACAUUUGCCACCAUGCUCUCAGACAUGUCCUUCAGACAAAAACUUCUAGAGACCAAAACCCAGGAGGAAUUCAAACAAGAACUGGUCCGCCAGCGACAGCAGCUGUCCGUGGUCAUGGAGAAGCCCGUUGUAGAUGACGUGGAUGAAUCCGAUCCACGGAAAGGCAAAGCACUUCAGUGUAAAGACUUCUUCAAAGCCGGUAAAGGUGUUUACGACGACCUCCGCCGCCGCUUGCCCCUCUACCCUUCAGACUUCACAGACGGCAUCAUUGGGAAGGACCGCUGUCUGCUUAAGUACACCACCACCGCCAUUUUCCUGUACAUCGCUAUUCUACUGCCCGCCAUCGCCUUCGGUUCUCUGAAUGAUGAAAGCACACGAGGGGAGAUCGAUGUUCAAAAGACCAUUGUCGGCCAGAGCAUUGGUGGGGUGAUCUACGCUUUGUUCGCCGGCUCGCCACUCGUCAUUCCACUGACCACCGCGCCGCUCGCCAUCUUCAUUAGUGUGAUCAGGGGCAUCUGCGACGACUACGACCUUGACUUUGACGCGUUCUACGCCUGCAUCGGCCUGUGGAACAGUUUGUUCCUCAUCCUGGGAGGUUUAUUCAAUGUCAGCCUGCUGAUGAAGCUCUUCAAACGCUCCACUGAGGAAGUCAUCGCGUUGUUCAUCUCCAUCGCAUUUGUCGGAGAUGCGGUGAAAGGCACGGUUAAAAUUUUUGACCACUUCUUCCACGAGCCCACGCUGGCGACUGCAAACAGCACGCUGGUGCUUCACGAGAUCGCCGAGGUUCUAGAGAAGAUGAAGAACCAGACAGCAGGACAUGCCAACACCAGUGUGCCUCUGAUGGCUCACGCUGAAGGACAUGCCUCAGUCUUCCUGCCCAAGUCUCUGGUGCUGUGCUCCAGAGAGAUCCCCAUCCUGUGCCUUCUGCUCAUGCUGGGGACCUUGUGGCUGGGUUACGCUCUCUACCUUAUCAAGAGGAGCCCGUAUCUGAACGACAAAAUCCGAGAAGUAGUGUCAGACUGCGCUCUGCCCAUCUCUGUGGUCAUCUUCUCCUUCAUCGGCUCCUACCUCUUCCUCGAUGUACAGCUUCCUGUGUUCAGCGUUCACGACGGACCCGUCUUCAACUACCCUCCCUUUGACAAGCUGUCAGGACUCAACACUCUGAGCGCAGUGGGACUCGGCUUCCUCCUCGCUCUGCUCAUCUUUAUAGACCAGAACAUCGUCAUUUCACUCACACAUGUGCCGGAACACAAGCUGCUCAAAGGCACGGCAUUCCACUGGGACUUAGUGCUGACGGGCCUCAUCAACAUCCUCAUGUCCUGUCUGGGGUUGCCAUGGAUGCAUGCCGCCUUCCCGCAUUCCUCCUUGCACGCCCGUCAGCUCGCCAAAGUGGAGCAGCACGUGGAGAACGGCCACCUCUACUCCACGAUCGUCAGCGUGAAGGAGACGCGUCUGACCUCGCUGGCCGCCAACAUCCUGAUCGGCCUGUCUGCCUUCAUGCUGCCCAUUCCACUCCAGUGGAUUCCAAAGCCCGUCCUCUACGGGCUCUUUCUCUACAUUGCUGCCACUUCAUUGGAUGGGAACCAGAUGGUGGACCGCAUGGCCUUGCUGCUGAAGGAACAGACCGCCUAUCCCCCCACCCACUAUGUCCGCCGUGUACCCCAGAGGAAGGUGCACUACUUCACGGGGCUGCAGAUGAUCCAGCUCAUCAUCCUGUGUGCCUUUGGCAUGUACCCUCUGCCCUACAUGAAGAUGGUCUUCCCCCUCCUGAUGAUCCUGCUCGUCCCUGUCAGGACCAGCUUGCUUCCGAGAAUGAUUGACGCCAAGUAUCUGGACAUCAUGGACUCCCAGCACAUGUAGAAGAAGAUGGACAAUGCAAACAUAGCGUUUUUAGCAUUUAGACUGUGACUAUUGACACACCCCAUUGUCUUGUUCUCAAUCAAUGUAAUGAACCAUUUCCUGGAACAUAAUCAAUCACUCACUUACAAACUGUACAUCAUUAGUGAGCUGGUAACUACCAAACCACAAAUUCAUUAAUUCCCCUCCAGAAUAAUUAUAUAAUAAUUCAUGUUUUUGUCUGUUUUGCUUUUUGUAUUUUGUAUUUUUAGUGUGUCCUCUUUUUUUAAAAACAUAAAAAAAUAUAUAAAUCAAUAAAUAGUUUUCAUUUUAAGAAUACGUGUAUUGUGAUGGAUGUUAUUA